CAGCCGGGCGGCGUCCUGCCCGUGUCGUCCAGCUCCAAGCUCGAGAACAUCCGCGCCGGCAAGAAGAUCGUCACGCGCGAAGGACGCAUGGAGCCCGUGCCGACGCGCGCGCUCGAGACGAGCGAGAUCCCGGGCAUCGUGGCGGACUACCGCUCGGCCGCGGAGAACGCCAUCAGCGCGGGCUUCGACGGCGUCGAGCUGCACGCCGCCAACGGCUACUUGCUGGAGCAGUUCCUGCACGACGGCAUCAACGACCGCACCGACCAGUACGGCGGCAGCGUCGAGAACCGCGCGCGCUUCCUGUUCGAGGCACUGGAGGCCAUCCUCGAGAGUCUGGACUCGUCCAAGGUGGGCAUCCGACUGUCCCCGUUCGGCGGCAGCUUCGGCGACAAGGACUCGGACCCCGUCGCCACCUACACGUACGUGCUGAACAGGCUCAACAACUACGACCUGGCCUACGCGCACCUGAUCGAGCCGCGUGGCUACCACGUGCGUGACCCGCUGGCACCCGAGAAGGGCUCGGCGCGGCAGUUCCGCGAGACGUACAAGGGCGUGCUCCUCGCCGCGUCGGGCUUCGACCGGCAGUCGGCCGUGCAGAUCGUGGAGGAGGGCGCGGCCGACGCCGUGGCCAUCGGCCGCCACUUCAUCUCGAACCCGGACCUGGUGCGGCGCUUCCAACUCAACAAGCCCGUGAACGACUACGACACGGACACGUUCUACCUCGGCGACGCGCGCGGGUACACGGACUAU